AUUACAUUUUGAGUUCUUACGGACGCCGUAACCAGAUUACAUGCGGAAUAUUUCGCUUAAAAAUGUCGCGGCCAAGAUUUCCAGGCUGCCCUGAUGCUCGUUUUGGUAGGGAACUAAUCACAUAUACACAUUGCGAUCAAGCUACUGGUGAUGUUAGUGAAGUAGAAGCUUUUGCAGAAAAUAUUCAAAAAGCAGUGCGAGAAUUUUCUGCUUUAUUUCACGAGGAUGAAGGUGGAGAUGAAGCAGACUUCGAAGGUUUCACUUCCGCAGACUUAGAGGAUGCUGAGUACAAUUUAAAGCAAACUCAACCACUUGAUUCUGAUGAGGAAUUUUCGUCUAAAUCAAGCGAAUCCGAAUCUCAUUCAUCCGAUUCUAAUGCAUCAACAACUCCUUCAAAAGUUAAACAAGACAAUUUUCACAUCAAAAGUGUGACAUUUUCCACUGACAAAUUAAAGUUAUCUAAAAGAAGACGACACUCUGAUAAUUUAGACAAAAAACAUAGCGAUAAUGAAACAGAUUCUCUCGUUGAACGUGAAAGAACAGUCUCAAAUGAAAAUAGACGGGAACGUCGUCCAAAUUCUAAGUUUGUCGGUGGAGACUUUCUAAAUAGUUCUAUUUCAAUUAAACGAAAAAAUUUAUUGAAAACUACAACUUCCCUCAUUCGAAAGCUACCUUAUAAAUCCAAGACUGUAGCAAAAUCGAUUAAAUAUUCUAAAACGAAAAAGAACGUUAAAAAUAAAUCGCCAGGUAAAGAAAUUAAUCUUAGUCAUCUUAUUUGUUCCUGCUGCGGAGUGUCAAUUUCUGCAAAAAAGAAAAACACAUUCAAAGAGUCAACAACCUAUUGUCUACAAUGUAAAAAUUUGUAUGAUAAUGUACAGAAAGGAUUAACCCAAGUUGAAUGUCCUUAUGCAAAGGAAUGUAAAAUUAGUGAUCUGGAAAAAUGCGACGCCUGCUGCUAUCAACGUUUCUGUGAACUUUUGUCAUUAAAUAGCGAUUUUACUUUGACUGUUCCAUCAGAGGAAGAGAAUAGUCAAACCAAGAAUUCAAUUAGCGAGGACACCGAUAACAAAAUUGAUUCAAUUUCUCCUGAUGUUCAUAUCGAAGCUAUUUGUGAAGUUUGCAAUUGGAAAACAAUAGUUAAAGAAUAUCUUGGUGUUUCAUCCUGUACAAAAUGUCGAAACUUGUUCAAUUACAAUAGAACCAACAGAAAGCAGAAAUUAUUUAGAAGAAACGUUAAUUGUACAGGAAAGUGUGACAUUCAACCUGUCAAAUUUGGCGGUUGUAGGUAUUGUUUGUCUCAGAAAUGUUAUAAUAUCUUUGAAGAGGGUCGAAAGAGAAGCAAAUGCCAAGGAAAAUUUAUAUUGGGUGAAAAGAGUACAACGCCUCAUUUAGCAAACGUUGAUUCUACUGCUUUAGAAAAAGAUACUAUGGAUAAGUCAAUGGAAGAAAGUAGUGAGGACGAAGCUAGCGGUCAAAAUGGUCCAAGAGUUAAGCACGUUUGUCGAAGUGCGUCUGUCGUAUUUGGUUUACCAUCAGCAAAUUUUGAAGAUGAAAACGAACCACCUGCACCUCGCCUUAGCGCCUUACCAACAAACAAAAAACAACGUAUUGCAAGGAAAUUCUUAGCUCGUGAUUCUGAUUUAGAAGAACUAAACGUUGACGAUAUGAUAGGUGAAGUUGCAAACAGUAAAAAGAGUACUCCUACUCCUAAUGCUACAAAAAAAACCAAUCGAUGCGGACGCUGUUCCAAUUGUAAACGAAAAAAUUGUGGAAAUUGUCCUAAUUGCAAGGAGCCUCUAAAACUAGGACGUGUUAAACUAGAUUGUUUGGAGAGAGUUUGUUUGGCAGUAAUCGAUAGUGAAUCUGAAUUGGGAAAGUUAAGGGGUCGAGAGUCUAUUCGUCGCAAGCGAUACAGAGCAUUUGAAGAAGACUAUGAAUAUAGUGAGUUAUCAACUACCGACGAUGAUUCGGAUAAGAAUUGUAUUUCCAAUGAGGAAGAACAAGAUGAGACUACUUCUCGAAUAUCAAAAAUUGAUCAAAAUGGAGAGAAUUUGAAAAUUAGGAAUUUCUUUCGUACCAGCGAUAGCGUGCCACCUGAAAGUCUGAUGAAACGGAAUCUUUCACCAGAUAAUAUCGGAAGUCGAAAUAAUGCUACUACAACGCGACUAGGAAGGCAUAUUAAGCCUAAAGCUCGCUAUUCAGAUUGCAAUUUUUCUAGUAUAACUGCUUCUUCAACUGAGAGAGCAGAUACUAAUGAUAAAAAAGAUAGAGAUAUUAAGAAAAAUCAAAGGUUAAAAUUGCUAAAAUCCAGCAAACUGCCUAAGAAACCUGAAAAGCAAGAAAAGCCGUCUGCUCCACCUGUUCCAAAGCAACCAAAAACGAUUAAGAAAGUAGAAGAAAAAAAAGAAAAACCAGGCAACAAAGAAAAGCCGAGAAGAAUAAGGACAAAGAACGUAGUUUGCGAAGAUAAUUCAAAAGUUGACCCAAAAUUGAUCCCAAGAUUGAAGUGGCCCCAAUCCGCAGGGGAAGAUUACAUAAAUUUGGAUUUUAAUGCAAAUCUUUCCCUAUCAGAAUGCUGGGCAGAGGGAUUUAGUGUAAUAACAACUGCAAAUACUAAAAUUCCAUCAGUUCUGUGCUACCUAUGUGGCUCCAUUGGCAACCAUAAUUUGAUAUUUUGCAAUGUAUGCUGCGAACCGUUUCACUUUUUCUGUUUAGAAAAAGGUGAAAAACCCAUAAAAGGUGCUUUGGACACGUGGAUUUGCCGUAAAUGCAUCUACUGCAGGGCUUGCGGUGGUUCAAAAAAGUCGCAAGAAUUAAAAAGAUGUAAAAUUUGUCAAGACGGUUAUCAUAUUAAUUGUGCAGGUCAAAAUCAUUUAUCCUUCGGCCCUCAAAAGUCUUGGAUAUGUCGCCGCUGUGUUAAAUGUAAAAAUUGCGGUAUCAAAAGACCAUCCGGAUCGUCUGGAAAGUGGUAUAAUGAUUUUACAAUGUGUCAUAAGUGUUCAAAAUCACUAAACCAAGGAAAUUUUUGUCCUAUUUGCAAACACUGCUAUAGUGACAGUAUUUUCGACACAAAAACAAUACAAUGCAGCAAAUGCGAUGUUUGGGUUCAUGCAAAUUGCAUGAAUAUUUCAGAUGAUAUUUAUGAGAUGAUGUCAAAUCUUUCUGAGACUCAAGCAUUUCGUUGUUCGAAAUGCUGUCCAGAUAAGGAACCUAUUUGGCUUUUAGAAUGUAAUAAUCAACUUCGUGGUGGGAUGACUUCUAUUCUGGAAAAGUUGAAGGAAUUUGAAAAUGUUUUAGAACCCUUGUCUCGUGAUAGCUUGGUUUUAUGCACUGAAAGUAACUUAAAUAAACAUCGCUCUACGAAAGAAACCCAUCCGUACACUUUUGAUGAUAUAAGUGAAAAGAUGAUUAAAGAAGAUUAUAGCGUCGAUUCAUUUUGUGAUGAUAUUGUAAGAAUUAUAAGAUUUAAUCAAAACAAUUGUCGUAAUCGAAUGAACAAAGAACAGGACAUAACAAAUUGCGUUGUUAAAUUUUUAGAGUUAAUGAAUGAAAAUUUCCCUUGGUUUGACUCAAGAAAAUGUAGAUUUUGGGAAUUUAGUCAAAUUUUUCCGGACUGUAUGCUACCAAAUGCUUGUAUGCCACCUAAUGAAGAUCACACAUAUGCAUCAUGGAUGAACGACAGUAGGGAGAUAUUUACAAAAUCAAACAAUAAUUUUGAUUUAUGCGACGCAUCAAAUUUGGACAUUUUAAAUAAAAAUGAUUCGAGGAAAUGCAGCUUUUGUCAAGUUGUCGGAGAUUCUCCUGUUGAAAGUGCAGGUAGAUUAUUAUACGCUGGACCUAAUGAUUGGGUACACGUAAACUGUGCCUUAUGGAGCGCUGAAGUAUACGAAAACAAUGAUGGACAAAUAUUCAAAAUACAAACUGCCAUUUGCAGAGGAAGUCAAUUGAAAUGUCAAAAAUGCAGUAUCAGAGGCGCUACUGUUGGGUGUUGUAAGCCAGGAUGUACCAGCAACUAUCAUUUUAUGUGCGCUCGUAGUGUUGAAUGUGUAUUUCAAAUUGAUAAGAAGAUGUUUUGCUCUAAGCAUCGCAAUUCAAUUAGUAAUCAAAUUUUAUCUCUACAAGCAUUUCCAGUUCUGAGAAGAGUGUUUGUUAAUUCUCAGAGUCGUAAGUCAUACAAGUCUGUAUUGCCAAACGAAGUGAAAGUUCUAGUUGGUUCAUUGACUAUAAAUAGCCUUGGCCAUCUAAUACCAUUAUCUGACAAACCUGACCAUCUUCUUCCGAAUGAAUUUCUGUUGCAACGAAAAUACUGGUCUUAUAAUUCAAUAAAAGAAAAGAUAACGUACUCUCUAAGAGUACAUUUGGUUCAACCAAUAGAUAGAAUUGAAGUGAAGGAAACAAGAAUAGUUCAUGAUGAAAAUCAUCCAGAUUUCGAUAUUAACGUGUUAAGAGAUUAUGAAGAAAAAGGAAUUCAUAUCAGUAAUAAGAAUUCAGAGAAGGAAAGAAAACUAUUUCAUUUAGAUUUGGAAAAACCUGAUUUCGAUUAUAGAAAUUUAGCUCCAAAAACACUAAAGCUGUUAGGCUUUCCGACAAACGAUAGUGAUAAUUUUAGUGUAUCAAAUAAUCUCAUAGAUUUAACUAAUGCUGAUAAUCAGGACGACCUACCUUCUUCCGAUAAUGAUGGUGACUGCUAUAUUAUUGUUAACAACGGAGCUGAUGAAGCAGAUAUUGCUUUAGAGUUUGAAUCAUAUAGUCAAGAUAACAUAAGAAUAAUUAAUGAAGACGAAAAGAUAAUUAUACCACAAAUUGAUGGUGCUAAUGAUAAAACAAAUACUCAAGGGAAAUAUCCGAAUAUUAAAAAUUGUUUUGUAAAAAUUUUACGUCUUCCUGAUGUAGCAGCAAAUGAAUAUUUAAAAGGAAAUUACAAGAAAAGUUCAAACGAAAAAUUACAUCCAGAGAUUAAAGAGUGUUCAGUUAAACUUGUUCGAGUGACUGCUCAACAAAUACGACAACUUUCCAGGCCAAAAAAUCUCGUUGAUUCUACGGAAAAGAGAGAUUAUUGGUAUUGUUCAAAAUGCUAUGUUGUUUAUAAAACGCAAAAAGCUCAGGAUUCUCAUCAAAAACGUUGUGCGUUCAAAGAUAAUGAAAAGGAAAAAAAUUCUAACAAAGUUGAUAAAAAUGACACUGAUACGGAUGAGGAAGUGGAUUUCUUUCAAAAUGGUCCCAUGGAUAACAGUAAUAAUGUUAAAAAAAUGGAUACUAAUGGGUUAAAUAACAAAGUGAAGCUUCCUAGUAUCCAUUGUUUUGGUAAAAAUUCUGCUUCUAAUUUAACUUCAACAACCUCACAAAAUUAUCGUUUUCAAAAUUUUACAAUGGAUCCGAUUCACGAAAAGCUGAAUAGUGAAAAUUCUUUCAGUAGCAAACGAAAAAUUAGUUGUAACGCUCAAAAGAUUGUAGUUUGUAAAACAUUAAAUAAUCAGCCAAUGACGAAGCUAGAUUUGUUUUUUCAAUCAAUAUCUAAUGAUUUCAUGUCCAAUGUCAAUAGUUUACCUACAGAGGAGGAAAUUUCUAAUUUGAGUGAUGAACAAUUAGUAUCUACAUACGAUGCGGAUGGUAGCUUAUCCUCUUUUAUUUUGAAAAAAGCGCAAUGCCAUAACUUAGAUAUUGAUGUUAAAAAAAUUCGGUCACUAAUAGCCAAUCAAAUGAAGAAAAUGGUUGAGAUGAAAAAAUUAAUACCUCAUUAUAGAAAUAUUGCGUCGAAUAAUUCGUUGAAGAGAGGACCAACUAUUAUAAAAUUAAACACACCAGGGCAUGAUCAGGUUGAAAGAGCAACGUUUGAAGUACAGGGAAAACGACGAAAAAUAUGUGAUUUACCUAGUACUUCAAUAGAGAAAUCUCCUGAUAAAUCGUGUAUAUUGUUACAUUCCGAAAGAAGAAAGCUUAGACUUCCGCCAGCAACUCAGGAAAUAGAUGUACCUAGUACAGAUUUGCAAAAUUUAUACGGAAAAAAUAGUCAUGAUAAGAGUAAAGAUCCUAAUUUAUUUUUCGAAAUAAGAAGCGAGGGAAAAGUUUUAGUAGAGAGCAAAGCCGUCAAAGAAGCCUGGAUGACUUUGUUUAAGAAAGUUGCCGAAGUUCGGUUAGAUUCUAAUUUACCUCACUUAUCAUUUUCAUCUUGUAAACCUACUUUAUUUUCUGGAUAUGGUUUAAAAUCUGUAACUUUUCUUACCGAACAAUUGUUCGGCAACACUUUUUGUCGCCAAUAUACUUUUAAGACACGUAAAGUUUCUCCAGUGGAUUUUGUUCCCGAAUAUUCUAAUCCCUCAGGAUGCUGCAGAGCCGAGCCUUACAGGGACAGAAAAGCAAAAGAUAUGUUCAAUUUUUUACUUUCAAAACACCGAGUAUUUCCGACAACUCACUUCUCAAACGAUGCUCCCCAUCAUAUGUUGCAGAAGAGUCAAAUUCGAGCAACUGCAUCAAAUUUACCGCUCGUUAUGAGACUUAGACAUCUGCCAGAUAUGGCUAAGCAAGCUGUAACGGUCCAUAGAUCUCCAAUUCACGGUCGGGGGUUAUUCUGUCUUAGAGACAUUGAAAUGGAGGAAAUGAUUAUAGAAUACGCAGGAGAAUCUAUCCGAGCAAUCCUAGCCGAUAAAAGAGAGAGGGAAUACGAAAGAAAGGGAAUAGGAUGCUAUAUGUUCAGAGUUGAUCAUGAUACCGUUAUUGAUGCAACUAUGAGUGGUAAUGCAGGUCGAUUUAUUAAUCAUUCUUGUGAGCCUAAUUGCUAUUCAAAAAUUAUAAAAGACACAAAUAAUCAAAAACGCAUUGUUAUAUUUGCACAAAAGAGGUUAGUUACCUUCGCGCAAUUAUAUAAUUUCGCAAGAUAGACAGUUAAUUUUCUAUAAUCCUUUUUUCUUGCAUUGUUACAGUUUGAAAAGAGGAGAAGAGCUAACUUACGACUACAAGUUUCCACUCGAAGAUGUGAAAAUUCCCUGUUUAUGUGAUGCCAAAAAAUGUCGGAAAUACUUGAAUUAGUCAAGAAGCUGAUAAAAAAAAACAUUUUUUUGGUGCUUUUCUAUAAAAGUGCGAUAAGAAAAAAAUCUUUUCACUUCUUUGCCUUUGUUAUUCUUUAUCUAUUUUUUCCGUUUUGUUUCUUUUAUUCGGUUCUCUUAAUUUUUUUUAAGUCACCCUCAAUAAGAAAAAAGGACGUGUGUUGUGUUCACUUUGCCUAUUUAUAUCAAUGCUAUCAUAUUCUGAAAAUAUGUUUUAAGUAUACUUGAAAAUGUACUUUUAGAUAGGAAAAGGAAACUAAUAAUGAUAAAAAAAAUUAUUAAUACUUUUGUAAUUAAAUUUCGUUUUCUCAGUAAAACUUGACAUUUUUUACAAUUUUAAUGAAACGUAAGUUGAAAAACAGUAAUGCAUGCAAUAC